AUGCUGUCGCAGAAGAAGGGAAGAAUACCUUCCAGAAUAGUCAUGAACUUUUAUUGGAGAGUCCUGGCAAUUUUCUCACUAUUUUUUCCAAACACGUUGUCUCUCCAGCCAGCCCAGCCUGGAGUGUUGCUAAUAUCUUUUGAUGGGAUUCUUAUAAAGUCUCCAGAUUUUCACUAUGCCAUGGAGAAUGGUGUUGAUGUCAAACAGGUCACUAAUGUGUUUAUAACAAAAAUGUAUCCUAAUCAUUGCACAAUGAUGACUGGUCUAUAUGCAGAAAGCUGCAGUGUAGUUGCCAAUGAGAUGUAUGAUCCUAUUCUGAAUGAAAGUUCCUCUCUGAACAAAAUGAAUAUUCAUAACUCCAAGUUCUGGGAAGAAGCCAGGCCAAUAUGGGUAACAAACCAGAGGGAAGGACAUAAAACUGGAGCAGCUGUGUGGCCUGGAACAGAUGUGAAAAUACAUGGAGUCUUUCCUACAUAUGAUAUGCCCUGCAAUGAAUCUGUUUCCUUUGAAGAUAGAGUUGCUAGGCUUAUUGACUGGUUUACAUCGGAAGAACCCAUAAACUUUGGUCUCCUCUAUUGGGAACAGCCUGAUGAAAUGGGCCAUAUUCUGGACGCACUUAUGGACAAAAAGCUGGGAUAUCUUAUGUCUGAACUGAAGAAAGCGAAGCUGUGGUAUGUGAUAAAUGUCAUAAUCAGAAGCGAUCAUGGAUUGAAAGCAUCCUUCUUGGAAAGGCUCAUUGAGCUUGAUCAGUAUGUGCAUAGAGAGUUCUCUACAGUCAUUGACUGUUCUCGUGCAGUAGGUAUUUUACCAAAAGAAGGCAAACUGGGUGAAGUAUACGAAGCCCUGACCAAUGCUGAUCCCAACAUGACUGUAUAUAAAAAGGAGCAGAUUCCAGAUAGAUUACAGUGCAAACACAACAGGAAAAUUCAACCAAUCUUAGCAGUGGAAGAUAAAGGAUAGGAAAUUGUAUAUACUAAGUCUGACGGUUUUCAAUUCAGUAAUCAUGGAUAUGACAACAUCUUACCAGAAAUGCGUCCAAUUUUUUUGGCAGUUGGGCCUGUUUUCAGACAGAGUGUCACCAAAGAAGUCAUGAAUACAGACCUGUACUCCUUAUUGUGCCAUCUACUUGGUAUUAAGGCACUGCCAAACAAUGGUUCAUUCAACUCUGUGAAAGAUACACUUGCUGAAGAAGUUCCCGUAGCCUUUGGAGCAGACACCUGUGCUACUGUUGUAGGAGUCUUUCUAAGCGACUCUCUUGUUAUGGUUUUUAUUGCAGUUUUUGUUAAGCAUUUUAUUCUCCCCCAAGCAAAUACUCUGCAAAUGCAACAUACUGAAGCUGCCCAGCCACUAUUACAAGAUUACUAA